UGUUGUUGUUGAUAUUUCAUAAUUUUUUUUUGUGAAUAAAUUCAAUUCUGAAAAAAAUGUAUCAAAGAGAUAUUAGUAAACCAUUACAAUUUUUUCGUGCCUUAUUAUUGGGUCGUACAUGGAAUAAUCAAAAUCGAUUUCAAGAUCAACUAUCACCAAGACCAUAUCCAAAACCGGAUUUGAAUCAAGGUGUAGCACAUAAAGCAUUUGAUAAUUAUUAUGUAAAUCGAGAUGCACGACGUUCUGUUUUACCACCACAAACAUUACAAUCACCAAAACAGAUUGGUGAUUCUAAAUCUAAUCUACCGCCAACACCUGGUCAUGUUCAUCGUUGGGAUUAAAUAUAUAAAAUAUUAUUCUUGUAGUUAUAUUUAUCUUUUGUUGAUUUCGGAACAAAAAAUAAAUAAAUAAAUAAAAAUUUUUUAAAACAAAAA